AUAUGUUGUAUUUUUUAUUUUGUUAUUUAUUCAGCGCCUACAUAGUGUAAUUGGAAAGUUGUAGUUCAAAUAUUUGAAAAUUUCAGAAAUAUCUUGAAAUAAAUAAUCCAAUUAUGACAAUGGAAAUCGAAAAGCUUCAAGGAUUAAAUUUUGAAAUAGAAGUUGACAUGGAUUGCAACGCGAAACAAAUACAGAAUGAUAUGGAAAUAGAGGAUGGUCUCAAUGUGGAAAAAAAGUGCUUAAACAAUGCUUUAGAUUUUGAUAUUAAAGUUGGCGCGGAAAAUAUUGCGAAAAGCCAUGAUAAUAUAUCCGAUAAAAAUAGUUCUGACAAAAACUCAAAAGUAAUUAAUGAAGAAAGAAAUUUGAUUGAAGAAUCUCAAAGUAAUACUGAUGAUAAUUUUGUUAGGGGAAAUGAUGUAUAUGAGUUAUCUGAUAUUCUGGAUCUUGAUAUUCUCAAAUUUGAGCCAACUUCGGAGAAUUUUUCGCUAUUUGAAAUAGGCAGAGCAGUAUGGAAAUCUGACAGUUGUUGUCAAAGAUACUUAAGAGGAUGCUUAUGGUCACCUGACGGAACCUGUGUAUUAACAGCCAUCAAUGGGGAAGGAAUGCAAGUUUUUGAGCUGCCUUCGGAUUUAUAUCAAACAAAUGUGGUUUCUAAAUCAGAAAGGGAAUUAAAUGAUUUAGCUCCAGCUGUUAUUGUUCCAGAAAGUGGAACCGUAUAUGAUUAUAAUUGGUUCCCGCAGAUGAAUAGUAAUGAUCCAUCGACUUGUUGUUGGAUAGCAUCUAGACAACAUGAACCAAUACACAUGUGGGAUGCCUUCACCGGUGAAUUGAGAGGAACUUAUAGGGGCUACGAUCAAUUCGAUGAAGUAGAAACCUCCAUUUCCUGCAUAUUUUCGCCAACUGGAGAAUACAUUAUUGGUGGUUAUAAAAAGUCGUUGAAAGUGUUUCAAACUAGCAUACCUGGACGAGACUAUAUUGAAAUUAAAUCAAAAAAUGCUGUUUCGGCACUUUCGAUGCAUUAUAAUCACCCAGAUAUGAUAGUAUCGGGGUCUUGGAAUUCAACAAUAAACAUUUACGAUAUAAGAGCUACAAAUCUAGGAUGUCUCACAACAAUUCCUGGGCAUUCAGGUGGCGUUACGUUAUUGAAAGUUGACUCAAGUGGGCAAAGAUUAUUUAGUGGUGCAAGGAAAGAUAAACUUAUAUUGCAAUGGGAUUUGAGAAAUUUUAAAUCACCAGUUCAAAAAUACUUUAGGCAAGUAGAGACGAACCAAAGAAUAUAUUUUGAUAUAAGUGUUUGCGGUAAAUAUUUGUUAACUGGAGGCACAGAUGGAAUGAUUAGAGCUUGGGAUAUUACAUCUGAUAUCACAUCUGAAUAUCAAUUUAACCUGCAUUAUGAUUGUUGUAAUUCUGUUGGCUUCUCCACAAUUCGACCGGUGAUAUGUACGACGUCGGGUCAAUAUAAGUUUACUCAGGAAUCUACAGAAGUAGGAAUAGAUUCAACAAAUUUAAAAGAAAACGAAAUAGAAGUAAAGUAUGAAAAUUCAUUAGUUGUAUGGUGGUAUGGUCAUUACAAAAAUUAGCUUGAAUAAAUAAAAUUUUUAAAG